AUGUACUCGGCAGUCUUACUAGGCUUGGGCAAGCAGACCGGUCAGAUCGGCGGGUACAAUGAGAGCGCUGCAGCGGAGUUGUUUGCUUCUGAGACUGGACUUAUGCUCAGAUCACAGUUCGCAUCAGUGAUCAUUGACACCUUCAUGGCGGGCAUUCUCAUCAUGCAGCUACUCAAAUACUUCCCGAAUCAAAACAAAGACUUGCUCUCAACCAAGCUGAUCAUCGCUUGGUCUUCUGUCUGGACGCUGGUCGUCUCCGUCUUCAUACAGGCACAUGUGUCUUAUCUUUUGAUCCCCAAUUUUGGACUAUGGCUUAGUCCCUGGCUCGAAGUCAGAUGGAUUGCCACAAUGCCUAUCUUCGACAUCCUUGCGGUUCUGCCAAUCCAAUGUUUCUUUGCCAACAGGGCUUACCUUCUCACUGAACGCAACAACUACCUUCUUGGAUGUGUCUCUCUUUUGCUUCUGGCAAGUGUCGGAGGCGCCAUUGGGCUCACUGUAGUUUUCGGAAGUCAAGAAACAUCGUUGAUCGGUAUCGAAUCAAGUGGAGCACCCCUCAUCACAUGGAUAGCCACUACCUUCGCGGCCGACGCUCUCAUCGCCGCAUCCAUCAUCUACGGCCUUUUCAAAUCCAAGACAGGGUGGCUCCAGACCCACGGCUUCAUCCCGCGAUGGGUCCGCUUGUCCUUUGAAGCAUAG